AUCUCUCCGCACCGCUCCGCUCUCACCGUUCCGCCUUCUCGCCGCCUCGCUUCAGCACAGCAGCUGCCAUUCUCGAAUCGCACAGCGCCAGCGCUUUGUCUGUGACCGCCGCGUGCCGGCACCCGCUCCGCCCGCCCCUCGCGCCGCUGCGCACACGCCGCCCGCCAUGCCGUCGGACCUGUCCUACUGGCUCAUCUCGGUGCCGCUGCAGGACCAUGACCCGCACCGCAUGAUGACCGAGCUCAGCAAGACGCUCAUGAAGGACGGCGGCGCCGCGUCGAGCGACAUUGGCCUCCUCACGCUGCCGCCGCUCAAGACGGGCACGCUCGACAGCCUCAUCACCCUCUCCGACGAGCUGCCCAAGCUCGACGCCAGCUUCACCGGCAUCGUCGCCAAGAUCGUCGACACGCUGCGCGCGCUGCUCAACAACGACGAGGACGCGCUCGCGCAGCACGUCCUCGUCAACGAGCAGGAGAUCGACCGCUACAUGCUCGGCUGGAGCUGGAACGGCAGCAAGUACCGCACAGAUCGGAGCCUGCGCGACAUCCUCGACACGCUGCAGAAGGAGAUCACCUCGAUCGACAAUGUCAUGAAGACGAAGCUGAACAACUACAACCUGGCCAAGGGCCAAUUGCAGCAGCUGCAGCGCAAGAAGACCGGCAACCUCUCUGUGAAGUCGCUGGCGGACGUGGUGCACAAGGAGGACUUUGCCGACCUGGGGUCAGAGUACCUGGAGACGCUACUCGUGGCUGUGCCAAAGAACAACCUGAAGGAUUGGCAGGCCAAGUACGAGCGGCUGACGAGCAUGGUCGUGCCACGGUCGUCCCGCAAGAUCGCGGCAGACGACGAGUUUGCGCUGGUGAACGUGACGGUCUUCAAGAAGGUCAAGGAGGAGUUCCUGCAGAAGUGCCGCGAGAACAAGUUCGUGGUGCGCGACUUCCAGUGGGAUGACCAGAUUGUGGAGAAGCAACGGCAAGAACUCGAGGAGGCCGGCGUGUCGGAGAAGGAGCUCUGGACGGAGCUGCUGCGCCUGGCGCGCACCAACUUCUCCGAGGCGUACCAGGCGCUGGCACAUCUCAAGGUGGUGCGCACGUUUGUCGAGAGCGUGCUGCGCUUCGGCCUGCCGGCAGACUACUUUGGCGUGGCCGUGAAGCCAAAUGCCAAGCGCUCCAAGGCGCUGCUCGGCGCCCUCAAUGCGCACUACGCCUACCUGGCGCGCUUCGAGGGCGGCGGCAAGGGCGGCAAGAGCGGCGCCAUCGAGGGCGACGUGCCGGGCGAGUGGAGCAACGUGGCCGAGGCGGAGCUGCUGCCGUACGUGCUGAGCGAGCAGUUCAUGGUGGCGGCGUGAGACUGGCGAGCGCAAUGUGAUGC